GCUGAUGACAUGGUUGAAGAAGAAGUUACAGACACCGAUGAUAUUGAAUCUACGAUUAAAAUUCCAACUUACGUCACCGAAAUCCUUGUUGAUUCUGACAAAACUACACUUGCUAAGAAAGAUGUAGAUGAAAUCAACUAUAUGGACAUCGAUGAAGAAAUCACAGGUCAGAGAUACGUACCAGAAAUGAAAGGAGACCUACACUGCUACUUCUGUUUCCACAUAGACGGUCAGUGUGGUUACUCAAAGGUAUUCUAUAAACGGUGCAACUCGAAUUAUCAUGACAGGACAUUCAGGAACAGAGUCCAGUUUCGCAUGUCCACUUAUAGGUUCGAUUUAGACUUUGCCCGUUUUUUUGGGAGUCCGCAAUUCGACGAAACUCAAUACUGUAUAAAGAUAAAAUAUGAAUUUGCAGAAACAACUGAAAACAAUUCAGCGCUGAAGCUGAUAGAGUUUAAAGAUUGCGCCGGUGAGAGUGCAGUAAACAAAUAUUUAGAGUUCAAAUCUGAGCAGAUUAAGGCCAAUUACACGUUUGAGUAUUGCAGUGAAAAUUUAUGUAAUUCGAACAAAAGGCUCCUCGACUGUCACGAUAUAAUUUUAUACUUGUUGGCAAGUUGGAUAGUGAUUUUUUGA